GGAGUCGCCUACCCUUGCCGCCGCGGCCGCCGUCGCUGUCGUAGCCACCGCCGCUGCCGCCGCCGCCUCUGCCGCCACCACCUUGGGAGAAGGAGCACGAGACAGGACGCCCCUGAGUGAAAGCCACCAUCCUGUUGGCCGCUCCUCCCGGGCCGCUUCCCUUUCGCCCCGGUCCCGGUCCCCGUCCCCUCCCCCCUCAGGUGCCAUCCGCCUCCAUCCGCGCCCUCGAUCCCCCCAUCCCCAGGUGAGGGGGCUGAGCCCCGGUCGCGGAGACCCCGACGAGCCCGGCAGGGUCACCAUUUGCAGCGCGACAUGGCAGGAGCUGGAGGAGGGAAUGAUAUUCAGUGGUGUUUUUCUCAGGUGAAAGGAGCAGUAGAUGACGAUGUAGCAGAAGCAGAUAUAAUUUCUACAGUAGAGUUUAAUCAUUCUGGAGAAUUACUAGCAACAGGAGAUAAAGGUGGGAGAGUUGUCAUCUUCCAACAAGAGCAGGAGAACAAAAUCCAGUCUCAGAGCAGAGGAGAAUACAAUGUUUACAGCACCUUCCAGAGCCAUGAGCCAGAAUUUGACUACUUGAAAAGCUUAGAAAUAGAGGAGAAGAUCAACAAAAUUAGGUGGUUACCCCAGAAAAAUGCUGCCCAGUUUUUAUUGUCUACCAACGAUAAAACAAUAAAAUUAUGGAAAAUUAGUGAAAGAGAUAAAAGACCAGAAGGUUAUAACUUGAAAGAGGAGGAUGGAAGGUAUAGAGAUCCUGCUACAGUCACUACACUACGGGUGCCAGUGUUCAGGCCCAUGGAUCUAAUGGUGGAGGCGAGUCCACGGAGGAUAUUUGCCAAUGCCCACACCUACCACAUCAACUCAAUUUCUAUCAAUAGCGAUUAUGAAACCUACUUAUCAGCGGAUGAUUUGCGGAUUAAUCUCUGGCACCUGGAAAUUACAGACAGGAGUUUUAAUAUCGUGGAUAUCAAGCCUGCCAAUAUGGAAGAGCUCACAGAGGUGAUUACGGCUGCAGAAUUUCAUCCCAACAGCUGUAACACAUUUGUGUACAGCAGCAGUAAAGGGACUAUUCGGUUAUGUGACAUGAGGGCCUCUGCACUCUGUGACAGACAUUCUAAGUUGUUUGAAGAACCUGAGGAUCCCAGCAACAGGUCAUUUUUUUCUGAAAUCAUCUCCUCUAUUUCUGAUGUAAAAUUCAGCCAUAGUGGUCGCUAUAUGAUGACUAGAGACUAUUUGUCAGUCAAAAUUUGGGACUUGAAUAUGGAAAACAGGCCAGUGGAGACGUACCAGGUACACGAAUACCUCAGAAGUAAACUGUGCUCACUGUAUGAAAAUGACUGCAUAUUUGACAAAUUUGAAUGUUGUUGGAACGGGUCUGACAGUGUUGUCAUGACUGGAUCCUACAAUAAUUUCUUCAGAAUGUUCGACAGGAACACAAAACGAGAUAUAACCCUAGAAGCAUCGAGAGAAAAUAAUAAGCCUCGCACAGUUUUGAAGCCACGCAAAGUCUGUGCCAGCGGCAAGAGAAAGAAAGAUGAAAUAAGUGUUGACAGCCUAGACUUCAACAAGAAAAUCCUUCAUACAGCCUGGCACCCCAAGGAAAACAUCAUUGCUGUAGCAACUACAAACAAUCUGUACAUAUUUCAAGACAAAGUGAAUUAGGCUGGCAUUCCUUGCAGAGGAGCCACUUCCUGCUUAGUGAGAUAGUUGAAUCUAGCAUUCAUACCUAUAAGAGAGCGGUCCAUUGUGGCACCCCUUUCCAGUGUUUGACAGUGUGCCAUUCAACAACACAUUUGACAGCCACAUGGAGAAAGCUGUGUGGAUGCAUCCCAGGCUGUUUUCCAUGUCUGCUAGCCAUUUAGGGAAGGGAAGGGCACUUUUAAUUUAAUGACUUCUUGCACCAUCUUGCCUGGUGGACUGGACUGGACUGUGUCAGCAUUGAUGUACUCCACUUUUUAUGCCUUCCAUUGUGAUGACGUCAAACACAGUGAACGCCUUCAGUCAUGCUAUGGGAUGUGUGUAUCCUCAUUACUGUAUCAUUUGUGGGGUACACCCCUCCCCCUCUUUUUUAAAUUAAAUACAGCUCAUUCUUACUGUGGCUUGUAGCAUUCCUCCUCUCUGGCCUCCUGGACUCUUCCCCUCCAUCUCUUACCCUUGCCCUUUCCAUCUGGUCUCGCUGGUGGCAUAUUAAAAAAAGGAAGAACGAAAGCACACAAAAUGAGUCAGUUUGGGGUCAGUGGUAACGGGGUAUAUGUUGCGAACAAAUGUUUUAAUAACAGUUGGCUGUAAUCACUCCUUGCCAUGUCUGGCACUGAAAA